AUGGGGAACACAACCUCCUGCUGCGACUCGUCCAGCCCCAAACUGCCGAGCAAUGACCAUUCACAGCUGGAGUCCUUCCAGCCCGACACCGAGCUCAGUUGCAACCUCCAGCACAUCAGUGACCGGGAGAACAUUGACGGUAAGAGGUCAUGGGUAUCUUGCAAAGUGUACCAGCUAUGUGGUUUUGGGGUUAUUCUUGUGUCUAAUAUCCUGGCUAGUGGUUUUGUAACAGUCUUUCAUUGUCAACUAAGAAGUUUGCUGUCAGGGGCAUUGUUGUAUGACGAUGAGCGUCCCAGACACAGGAUUGGAGUAGCCAUUGGUGAUCAGGUGCUGGACCUCAGUUCUGUUAAACAUCUGUUUGAUGGACCUGUCCUUUCCAAGCAACACCAUGUCUUUGAGCAGGUAUUGAGGGUUUUUUUUUGGUUUUUUUUAAGGAGAACUGUCUUACAGAAGGUCAUCUUCAGUAAGAGCCCGCUUGUUGCUGCUUCUAAACGUUUGGACAUUGAAUUAGAAAUGGCAUUUUUUGUAGGACCUGGAAACAUGCUGGGAGUGCCCAUCCCCAUUGGUGAAGCUCACAAACACAUCUUUGGAAUGGUACUCAUGAACGACUGGAGCGCUCGUGACCUUCAGAAGUGGGAAUAUGUCCCCCUGGGUCCAUUCCUGGGCAAGAGUUUUGGCACCACUAUCUCUCCAUGGGUUGUCACUAUGGAAGCUCUGAUGCCCUUUGCACUGCCAAAUCCUACCCAGGACCCCAAGCCCCUGCCUUACCUAUUUGAUGACCAGCCAUAUACUUUUGACAUAAACCUCUUCGUUGCUAUAAAAGGAGAUGGUAUGAGCAAGCCGGCAAAUAUUUGUAGGUCAAACUUUAAGCAUAUGUAUUGGACCAUGAAGCAACAGCUAACUCACCAUACCGUUAACGGUUGCAACCUCAAACCUGGAGAUCUUUUGGCCUCUGGAACUAUUAGUGGCCCAGAACCUGAGAAUUUUGGGUCCAUGUUGGAACUGUCCUGGAAUGGGACAAAAAGUAUCGAUCUCGGGCAAGGUCAGUCCCGAACAUUUCUGCAGGAUGGAGAUGAGGUCAUUAUGACAGGGUAUUGUCAGGGAAAAGGUCACAGGAUUGGUUUUGGUGAAUGUUCUGGAAAAAUCCUUCCUGCCAGAAUGAUCUAAGAGGGUGUCCUUGACAUAUCAUACAAAAUGGAGACGUUUGGAGAUAUUUCUACCAUUGUUUGACAUAAAGAAACAUACAUCAGUUACAGUUUUCGCUCUCUCGCGCUCUCUCUCUUUAGUCAAUUUUUUUUUUUGCACUUACAGAUUUCUGAUUUCCAGAUAUUUUCUUGGCAAAUAUAUUUUAGGAAUACAACA